CCUAGCCUGCUACAAGUCUACUAGAAGCGGCUUGGUGGAGACUAGAGAGCCAGACAGAUUGGCAAAGCUUCUUCGGCGGGCAGCGACAGCGAGCUGAGACCCCGUGCGCCUCUAGCGGCCGGGCGCGUUCGGCGGCCUCGAGGAGAUGGACCCGCGGGAGUGCCAGUUCGUGGUGGUGCCGCCGCCGCGGCCGCGCCACGGCCAGUACGAGGAGGGCCCGUUCGCGCACCACCAGAUGGUGGUGGCCGGGGACCCCGACCCCGGCGGCGCGGGGCGAGGCGGCGGCGGCGGCGGGGAGAGGAAGCGGCGGUUCACGGAGGAGCAGGUGCGGUCGCUGGAGACGACGUUCCAUGCGCGGCGCGCCAAGCUGGAGCCCCGGGAGAAGGCGGAGCUGGCGCGGGAGCUGGGCCUGCAGCCGCGCCAGGUGGCCAUCUGGUUCCAGAACAAGCGCGCGCGGUGGCGCUCCAAGCAGCUCGAGCACGACUACGCCGCGCUCCGCGCCCAGUACGACGCGCUCCACUCCCGCGUCGACUCGCUCCGGCAGGAGAAGCUAGCGCUCGCCGCCCAGGUGGACGAGCUCAAGGGGAGGCUGAGCGGGCGGCAGGACCAGCCGAGCGGCAGCAGCUGCGAGGUCAGCGGCGGCGCGGAGGCGGCCGACGACGGCAGGAUGAACAGCGCCAGCUGCGUGGCGGAGGACGACGGCGCCGUGACGCCCGCGGUGGCCGCCUCGGAGGAAUCGGCGGCGGCGGCGGCGGCGGCGGCCGAGUACUGCUGCUACGACCACGCCGCGUACGGAGGGGGCCUUCUGCCCGAGCCGUUCUGCACCACCCCGGAGCUGUGGGACACAUGGCCGCUGCUGGAGUGGAACGCGGUCGCAUGAGCAAAGCAACCCCCCGCCACGACGGAGGAGAACGAAUAUAGCAUCCGUGUACUCUACUCGUGUCUCUGUAGUCUGUAAGAUAGCGUGCGCGUGGAUUCAUGUUGCUCUCUAGCUGUAGCUAGCACACUAGCAAGUGAUGAUCAGCUGAUGAUGCGGCGAGAGAGAUCGACGGGGACAGAACAGGUAGAAACUGGGGCGGACAAGAAUUCUGGACGCGGCCGGCCUGGGAGCUUCAUGCGCUCAUGGCAUUGUACACCAGGGAUGGAUCGACGGCUCCUCGGCCGCGUUCUGCAGCUGUUAUUAGGAUUCAUCCGUGUUCGCGAGCGAGAUUCUUCACAAGUUCAGAGCCCGAUCGGAUCGGAUGUCGGACGUGAUCUAUGCAUUGCUGA